AUUCCCUUCUUUACAACGCCAACAUUCCCUAUUUUAUCCCGGGACGCUCCUCAAAAAAAACGUACACGUACACCGUUUGCUUUUACAACAUCUAUAGAGAGUUCUAAACAACCCUGCACACACACACAACUACUACUACUAAUAAAAAACUUUAACUUUUAAAGGCAAAGAAAAAUCUGAAACGACACCAAAAAAAGAUAAGCCCACACGACAUCAUGAGUUCCCCUAAAAGACGUAUUGAAAAGGAUGUCAUGGAAUUAAUGAUGAGUGACCAUGAUGUUACUUUGAUCGAUGACUCGAUUCAGCAAUUUUUUGUCAUCUUCCAUGGUCCUACCGGUACACCUUACGAAGGUGGCACCUGGAAGAUCAGAGUGGAACUUCCUGAUCAAUACCCGAUCAAGUCUCCUUCUAUUGGAUUCACUAAUACCAUAUACCACCCUAACAUCGAUGAAGGAUCUGGUUCUGUUUGUUUAGACGUAAUCAACCAAACUUGGUCACCUAUGUUUGGCUUGCUUAAUAUUUUUGAGAAUUUUCUACCCCAUUUGUUACGAUACGCUAAUCCUAGCGAUCCUUUGAACACCGAAGCCUCAAAUUUAAUGACUAAAGAUGAGGCUAAGUACAAUGAGACUGUCAAGAGAUAUGUCCAACAAUAUGCAAAGAAUAACUUAACCAGUACUGGUAAAGACGAAGAUCAAGAGGACGACGAAGACGAAGAUGAACUUAGUGACGUGGGUAGCUUGUCUAGUGAUGACGACUAUGAUGAAGAAAUGGCCAAGAGUAUGGAGUUAUAAACUUGCUCUCGGCAUUACUCUUUCGUCCUGCGUACGCCUUUGUCUUUAACGUUGCUAUGCAGGCUUCGCAUCCCCCUACCCCCCUUGAUAUGAGUUUUAAUGAUUGGCAUGUUUUUUUAUCCCGUUAUUAUCACCAGGAGUUUUAAUUCGGUAUUGUUAGUUUGUUUUUAUUUUGUUUCCCUUUUAUGUUAUCUGAAUCCGUGGAACUUACAUAUACCGGUUUCAUUUGUCUAGAUUUUUAUUAUCUCUAUUUUUGGUUCCACUAAUCCGUUUUUAUACACUAUUGCUUUUAUUUUUGUACUUCUUGCAUUUGGAAGAUCAACUUGGAGCCGUUGUGUGAAUAUGAUUUGAGUAGUGACAUAUAGUCUAUAUAGAAUAGCAUCGAAAUUUGUUUAC